CCCACGCAAUAAGCAUUUCUCAGUAGCCAGUGGGAUGGCGUGCUUGCUUAUCAUCCGCGGAAAAUUAUUCCCCAAGAAUUCGCACCUCAUUGCGUCGCCGAGAAAAACACUUUUCUCGUUCACCCCUCGAACGACAGCAGGGAAGAACAGGGAGAGUCAGAACUCAAUGAUAAAAUGGCAGAACCUUUGAAGAGCCCCGCACAUGAUGGUCGCGAAGUAUCACCACGGCCCCAGCCAGAGGGAGAAUGGGCGCCGGUGCUCGAUGAUGGAGAGCAACAAAUUGUAUCGCAACACGAACGCCAGGAUCUGCGUCGCGGGCUAUCGCAACGACAUGUGCAGAUGAUUGCUAUUGCGGGCGCCAUUGGGACGGGACUUUUCCUUGGUCUAGGGGGCGCCAUCGCGACCGGCGGACCGCUGGGAGCUCUACUCGGCUACAUUUUUGUCGGGUUCAUUGUAUGCUGCAUUCAGUACGCGUUGGGUGAGGUCUCCGCGCUGAUGCCGGUGACCGGUUCGUUCGUGCGCCACGCUGAGCUCCUUGUUGACCCAGCCUUGGGCUUUGCCAUUGGCUGGAACGUCGUGUAUGGUGCCUUUCUAUCUGUCCCGAGUGAGAUAUCCGCGGCCGUGGUGAUGAUCCAGUUCUGGACAGACAUCAAUGCUGCAGUCUGGGUGACCAUCCUGAUCGUCGUGUCCGCUCUUGUAGCCUUCGCACUUGUACGUGUGUAUGGUGAGGUCGAAUUCUUUUUCGCCAUACUCAAGAUCCUGUUGGUUGUCUUCGUCGUUAUUCUCGGCCUGGUCAUCGACCUCGGCGGAAUACCUGGCAAGCCACGGUUGGGCUUUCACUACUGGAAGCAAGGUGCAUUCGUUGAAUACAUAGCUGAUGGCGCCUGGGGUCGCUUUCUCGGCUUCUGGGCCGUCAUGACCAGUGCAGUCUACUCGUUUGCGGGCGUGGAAAGCUUAGCGAUGGCCGCAGCAGAGACGAGGAACCCACGACAUAACAUACCCAAAGCUUGCCGGCGGGUCUUUGUCCGGGUAACAUUGUUCUAUCUGGCCGCAGUGCUUGUCGUGGGCAUGCUCGUCUCGAGCUCUGACCCUAGACUCCGAGACGACUCUGGCACCGCCGCGACAAGCCCCUUCGUGAUCGCUGCAGGUGACGCCGGCAUCAAAGCGAUUCCCUCAAUUGUCAAUGCAGUCUGUAUCACUUCUGCAUGGUCCGCCUCCAAUCAAAGCAUGUUGGCCGGUACACGAACUCUCUACGGUCUCGCCGUCAAGGGACAUGCGCCGAAAAUCUUCCUCCGUACAUCCUCUUGGGGUGUCCCUUACAUGUGUGUCGCCGCGCAGACAGCAGUGUCCUUUCUAGCCUAUAUGUGUGUUUCCAACAGCGCCUUGACUGUGUUCUAUUGGCUCCUCGACCUAACGGCGGCCGGUGUUCUGGUCUCGUGGAUUGCAAUCGCAUUCAACCAUAUCCGUUUAAUGCAAGCACUUAAGGCGCAAGGAAUCCCGGCCAGCGAGCUGCCCUGGCAUAAUCGCAUAACUUAUUUCUCCUCCUGGUUCGCCUUCAUCAUGUGCAUAAUAAUCCUUCUUACCGGUGGAUUCACCGUCUUCACUGCCGGCAACUGGGACCCUGCCUCAUUCGUGUCCUCAUACCUGGAUAUCCCACUCGUCCUAUGCGCAUACGGGCUGUACAAAGUACUUCGCCGAACGAAGAUUGUCCCUUUGAAGGAAGUGCCAAUUCGCCAAGCGCUGGAGGAAGCCCGUAAUGACCCGGAAAAUGUACCCAUCAAGAAGCCUCAAGGGUGGAGGAAAUUGAAUAUUCUGUGGGAAUGAAACGUGACAUGGUUAGCCUUGUUAGAGAGAUAUUAAUUUCACAGCUAUAUGUGUGCUGGCUUCUUCCGUGUCCUGUCUCGUGCGGAUUAUGAUUUGUUAAAGGUGGUAUAUCGCAAGGCUCGAAGCCCCCUACGCCGGGGGUCAAAU